UGCCACCUGUCAGUGCUCAUCAGUGCCACCUGUCAGUGCUCAUCAGUGCAUCAGUGCCACGUGCGUGCCAGUGCCACAUCAAUGCCACAUAUCAGUGCAUACCAUCAGUGCCGCCUAACAGUGCCAGUCAGUGCUGCCAGUCAGUGCCGCCUAACAGUGCCAGUCAGUGCUGCCUAUCAGUGCCGCCUAUCAGUGCUGCCUUUCAGUGCCCAUCAGUGAUGCCUGUCAAUGCCCAUCAGUGCAACCUACCAGUGUCUCCUCAUCAGUGCCACCUAUCAGUGCCCAUCACUGCAGCCUCAUUAGCGCACAUCAGUGAAG